CUUCCGGGAAGCGGCGGAAGAGGUGGGCUGGCCGCGGUGGGGUGGAGAUGGCGGCGCCUUUGAGGAUUCAGAGCGACUGGGCCCAAGCCCUCAGGAAAGAUGAAGGAGAGGCCUGGCUGAGCUGUCAUCCCCCAGGGAAACCAUCUUUGUAUGGCAGUCUGACUUGUCAAGGAAUUGGCCUAGAUGGUAUACCAGAGAUUACAGCUUCUGAAGGAUUUAUUGUGAAUGAAAUAAACAAGAAAAGCAUUCAUAUUUCGUGUCCAAAGGAAAGUGCAUCUUCUAAGUUUUUGGUACCAUAUACUACUUUUUCCAGAGUUCAUACAAAGAGUAUAACAUGCCUGGAUAUUUCCAGUGGAGGAGGCCUUGGUGUAUCUUCUAGUACUGAUGGGAGCAUGAAGAUCUGGCAGGCUUCCAAUGGAGAACUCAGAAGAGUAUUGGAAGGACAUGUGUUUGAUGUGAAUUGUUGCAGGUUUUUCCCAUCAGGCCUUGUGGUUCUGAGUGGGGGAAUGGAUGCCCAGCUGAAGAUCUGGUCAGCUGAAGAUGCCAACUGUGUGGUGACCUUCAAAGGUCACAAAGGAGGUAUCCUAGAUACAGCCAUUGUUGACCGGGGGAGGAAUGUGGUGUCUGGUUCUCGAGAUGGGACAGCGCGACUUUGGGAUUGUGGGCGCUCAGCCUGCCUGGGAGUCAUUGCGGACUGUGGUUCUUCCAUCAAUGGAGUGGCUGUGGGUGCUGCUGACAACUCCAUAAACCUCGGCUCCCCUGAGCAGACGCCCAGUGAACGGGAGGUUGGAACAGAGGCGAAAAUGCUGCUGUUGGCCCAGGAAGAUAAGAAGCUUCAGUGCUUGGGACUACAGAGCAGGCAGCCGGUGUUCCUCUUUAUUGGCUCAGAUGCCUUCAACUGCUGUACUUUUCUCUCUGGCUUCUUGCUGUUGGCUGGGACACAAGAUGGAAACAUUUAUCAGCUGGAUGUGAGGAGUCCAAGAACUCCAGUGCAAGUCAUCCACAGAUCAGGAGCACCAGUUCUGUCCCUGCUGAGCUUCAGAGAUGGAUUCAUUGCUAGCCAAGGAGAUGGAAGCUGUUUCAUUGUCCAGCAAGACUUAGACUAUGUCAUUGAGCUCACUGGUGCUGACUGUGACCCUGUGUACAAGGUAGCCACAUGGGAGAAGCAGAUCUACACAUGCUGUCGAGAUGGUCUUGUACGACGCUAUCAGCUUUCUGACCUCUGAGCCCUUGGAAAGAGGAGUCCCAGUUAGUGAAAAUGUUUGAUCCUGAUCAGCUGUGAGCAGAAACAUCAUCAGUCCUUCUUGGGCACCCCUUGCAAAUCACAGAAAGUCAGCUGUACUGGCCCAUGUGGAACUAUCCCAAGACCUGCUUUGAACUGAAUAAGAAGCUCACAUGUGCUCACUGUAUUUGCCCCAACUUCUCCUUGUGUAAACUCACCCCAGCAACACAGGGCAAGGAUAUAGUUGCUUCCAGUUUGUUCUUACAUCGGUUGUGUUAGUUGUUUACAAGGACCAGAGGACUAAAGCCUGUUCUCUGGAAUAAAUAAAGAAAAUAUGUUUGGA